AUGGAGCCUGGUACCAAAAAUAUUACUAUCAUUUCACUAUUGUAUUUGCUUAUCACAUUUUCCUGUUCAGUUUCCGGGUAUGCAUUGUAUAGUGAGGUGGAAGCAGAAAACUUUUUAAAUUUAGCAGCGGCAGCUUAUGCAGAUUCUAGUAAUGUGACCGCUCGUCAGUCAUGUAUAGAUAUUUCAUUUCCUACCGACGAAUUCCAUGUGUUAAUGGUUAUGUCAACGCCGUGCGAUAAGCGCGGAAACCAGUGCCAAGCCUUUGUUGCAAUAUCUGAUCUCACAAAUCAAGUAAUCAUUUCGUUUCGUGGUACUAACAGUGGUGGUCAGUUGUUAUCGGAAUUUGGUGACGGGUUAGAAGAUUAUGUUCCAUAUACAGAAGUUGAUGGAUCGAAUAACACAGUGAGAGUGGGACAUGUGAAUGUAUACUUUUUGGAUGCAAUGAAUCAAAUGUGGGAAGAUAUGGUGGAACCGAGUAUUAGGAACCGCCAAAACUACACAUAUCUGCUAACUGGACACUCACUUGGUGGAGCGAUGGCUACUUUGACAGCGUUCCGGAUAUCAUUCAGGCAGUUUUCUAAUAAGAUCAAAGUACACACAUUCGGAGAACCACGAGUAGGAGAUAUUGUAUUUGCUAGUUAUUUUACGGACAUGGUGCCGUAUGCUUUCCGAGUCGUCCAUCACUCUGAUCCUAUACCACAUCUUCCUCCAUUGAACGUGGAUAAUGAAACAUCUCCUGGAAUGCCGUAUCACCAUCCAAGAGAAGUUUGGUACAAUGACGAUUUCUCAAGUUAUGUACUGUGCAGUGAUGUGAAUGGAGAAGAUUGGUCUUGCAGUGACAAAUUACGGUUUUGGAACUACGGUAGUAAGGUGAGGUUUGCAUUUUUCAAUACUAAUUCUUAA